CAAGAUGAAAUCAGGGAGGGAGACAAACCAUAAGAGACUCUUAAUCUUAGGAAGUGAGAGAACAAGACAACACAGUCUGUUAAGACAUAGAACAGGGAUUGGCAAACUACAGCCUCCUGGCCAAAUCCAGCUCAGGGCCUCUUUUUUAAUAACCCAUGAGCUAAGGACUUGACUUGGGGACAUGGAGGAAGCCAGCUGGUCAUGUGUGGUUAGGUACGCGGACGGAAGCACAGGUUCUGAGGUGAAGUGGGCAUUACGGGGCGGGGGAGGGGGGCAGGCUUAGCAGGAACAGUCACGUGCUCAGAGGCUUUAGGAGUUGCGACGUGGCAGUCUGAGCAUGCCGGGGCAGGGCCGGCUCGGAGGAUUUCUGUUCGCCGAGCGGCACUAAGGGGGCGGAACUUCAUAGGCGAGCAGAGCACGGAUUGGGUACAGAAAAAACGUACGGGGUCUCUAGGGCUGUUUGGUGGGAACCAAUCACGAGUCAAGAGGCACUACCAGGGGUGUGUUUGCGCAGGCGUUCUGGGGUAUCCCAAGUUGCAAUGCGCGCGAAGGGGUGAAGUUUUGUCAGGAAGUGCUUUGUCCUUCGGUGCCUCGUGAGGAGGUGGGAGGAUGCAGGAUGAGGUCUGAGGCGGAUGGUGGGUGAGCCGAGAGGGCUGUACGGGAAGGCGCAGGUGCUGUGGGCAUUGUGGUGGGUGCGCCAGGUGGUCCUGGUGAACCCCGUGACCCUGGUGACCCCAGCGAGCCCGAAGGCCUGGACAAUCCCGGAGGUCGCGGCGCUGAGGGAGAGGCGGGCGCCGCUUCUGGUGGCGUGUCCCAGAUGGAACAGGCCCCCCACGCCCCAGGGCCUGACGGAGAUGCGGCACCCGCGGCUGGAGGUCCUGGGCGCCGACUGCUCCAGUUCAUCCUCACUAUACCUUUCCCGUCGCCCGUGGAGGCGGAGAUUGCCGAGCGCUUCAUGACUCCAAAUGCUGAACGCCGAGGGCCAGUUCGGAAGGAGCUCAGUGUGAACGGCAGCGUCCUGACUGUCCGAUUGACUGCUGAGGACCCUGGCCAACUCCAAAUGUCCGUCACCUCCUGUCUUGACCAGGUUUCCCUGGUGAUUCGGACCAUGCAGCGCGUUGUGCCUCCCUUUUUUGCUAAGCCGCAGCAGGAAAAAGGGGGCUAAACCCAACCGCAUGUCCCGGCCUAGGCACCCCGCUGGCGCACUGAUGCAUUGUCUUUUGCCUGUACUGGCCCUUGGCUGCUUGGGAUCCAUGUGUUUUGUUUGGUAGUUAAAUGUUUAAU